AUGGUCUUAUUUGUUGAGAAACUUGAAAACUUGUCGUUUACUUGUUUAAUUUUGCAUAUUGCUUCAGAAGGUCUCAAGCACCGUGUGUUCGAGAUUUCACUGGCGGAUCUUCAAGGUGGCGAUGAGGAUCAUGCUUACAGAAAGAUCCGUUUGAGAGCUGAAGAUGUUCAAGGAAAAAAUGUUUUGACCAACUUUUGGGGAAUGAAUUUUACCACCGACAAAUUGAGGUCUUUGGUACGUAAAUGGCAAACCCUGAUUGAAGCUCAUGUGGAUGUGAAGACAACCGACAACUACACUCUGAGAAUGUUCUGCAUUGGAUUCACUAAGAGACGCCCGAACCAGGUUAAGAGGACUUGUUAUGCACAGUCCAGCCAGAUUAGACAGAUUCGCCGAAAGAUGAGGGAGAUCAUGACUGCCCAGGCAACAUCUUGUGAUCUGAAGGGAUUGGUUCAGAAAUUCAUUCCCGAGAUGAUUGGAAAAGAAAUUGAGAAGGCAACAUCUAGCAUCUAUCCUUUGCAGAAUGUUUUCAUUCGUAAAGUCAAAAUUUUGAAAGCUCCCAAAUUCGAUCUCGGAAAGUUGAUGGAGGUUCACGGUGACUACACCGAAGAUAUCGGUGUGAAAUUAGAGAGGCCUGCUGAAGAGACAAUGGGCGAGGCUCCUGCAGUGGAGUCCUUGAAUCUGUACUGUGCUGUUUUUAUGCGUCAAAGAGAUUUUGUUGAUCAUUUUCUUUUGUUGUGA